AUGGACACUGAAUCAGUUGUCGAGUUCCUUGGAAAUGUGGCCUUGUUGCGGCGGUUACCUAGUUCGUCUCUGAGGAGAAUCGCCGAUGUCGUUGUGUUCAAGCGUUAUGAGAGAGGGGAUUACGUGGUUCGUGAAGAUGAGAAUGUGGAUGCUGUUUAUUUUCUCUUGGAAGGAGAGGCUCAGGUUCUGAGAUCAGCCGGAGAAGAAAAUUGUUCCGAGUUACUCUUGAGACGAUUUGAUUUCUUCGGCCGUGGUAUAUUUGGGGAUACUUACUCAGCAGAUGUUGUUGCUGCGUCAGAGCUGACCUGCAUAGUGUUGAAGUCUGAACAUUGUCCUUUGCUUGAGACAAAGUCCGAUAAGGACCUUGAGACGCACUGUCUUGUGGAACGCAUACUGUAUAUGGAUCCAUUAGAUUUGAAUGUGUUUCGGGGGUUCACUCUACCUGAUGCUCCAACCUUUGGAAAGGUUUUUGGAGGGCAAUUAGUUGGACAGGCACUUGCCGCAGCAUCAAAAACCGUUGAAUCUACCAAGACUGUCCAUAAUUUACAUUCCUAUUUUCUUCGUGUUGGAGAUUUAGAUAUUCCCAUCAUUUAUGAUGUUAACCGCUUACGAGAUGGCAACAACUUUGCCACCCGAAGAGUAGACGCAAGACAGAAAGGCAAAAUCAUAUUCACCUUGAUUGCGUCAUUUCAGAGAGAGCUACAAGGUUUUACUCACCAGGAGUCGACCAUGCCUCAUGUGCCAGCUCCUGAAACGCUUCUACAAUUGGAUGAGAUGCGUGAACGGCGUAAAACGGACCCUCUACUACCUAGGGAUUACCGAAACAAAGUUGCAACUGGAAAUAUUGCUCCCUGGCCUGUAGAUAUUCGAUUUUGUGAGCCAAAUUAUGCUACAGAACAUACAAAGUCUCCUCCAAGACUGAAAUACUGGUUUAGAGCAAAGGGAAAACUUUCUGAUGACCAAGCUUUGCAUCGAUGUGUGGUUGCAUUUGCUUCAGAUUUGAUAUUCGCCUGUGUCAGUGUAAACCCUCACCGCAGAAAGGGCAUGAGUGUAGCUGCUCUGAGCCUGGAUCAUUCGAUGUGGUUCCACCGACCUCUAAGAGCUGAUGACUGGUUGCUGUUUGUGAUGGUGAGUCCGACCGGGUCGGAGAGCCGCGGUUUCGCGACUGGCGAAAUGUUCAACAGAAAAGGAGAGCUGGUGGUAUCAUUGACGCAAGAAGCAUUGCUAAAAGAAGCUGUGACUAUUAAGCCCACCUUUGGCGCCAAGCUCUGA